AUGAGUGAGAACAAGGGGGCAUUGCACCCAGAACAGAAAAAAUGGAAGGCGCCCAAGGGCCCCAAGCCCGUGCACCACAAGAACAGAAACACCAUUGGGCUCGGAAGGUCCAUUGCCAACCAAAGACUCAAGGAAAACUCGAUCGAAUACUUGCCCGAUGGUGAGAUGCGGUUUACAACCGAUAAGAAACAGGCCGGCUGGGUGAAGUUGCGGUCCGUCACGCAGGAAAACUCGUUGGACGAGUUUUUGAAUACGGCCGAGUUGGCCGACCACGAUUUCACUGCCGAAAAAGGUCAGCAGGUCAAAAUCAUAAAGGUGGGCAACACGUCUCUCGUGAACCAAACCGGGUUGUUGUCUGAGGAGGAAACCAUUGCUUUGCGGGAAAAACACCAGAGUUUCGAGAACAGGUUGACCAUUCCCCGCAGACCCAAGUGGAGCAAAGAGCAGCUGAAACUACAGAUCGAGAGACAGGAGAACCUCGCUUUCUUGGAAUGGAGGCGUCAGUUGGCGGCGUUGACAGAAACCAACGAUUUGUUGUUGACGCCUUUCGAAAGAAACAUCGAGGUGUGGCGCCAGUUGUGGCGUGUGGUGGAAAGAUGUGACCUCGUGGUGCAGAUUGUCGAUGCCCGAAGCCCCUUGGACUUCCGGUCCGUGGACUUGGAGAAGUAUGUUUCGGGGCUCAGCAAGCCUGACGAGGGCAAAGAAAAGCGCAACUUGCUUUUGGUCAACAAGGCCGAUCUCCUCACAAGAAACCAGCGGAUCGAGUGGGCCAACUACUUCAAGGAGAAGCACAUCAGCUACGUGUUUUUCUCCGCGGCCAACGCCAAUGCACUUUUGGAGAAGGAGUUGGAGGAGGAGCAGAACUUGGCCCGGGAUCCCACGUACGUGUCCAACCUGGCCCAAGACGCACAGGAGGAGGAGCAGGAAGACAUCCGGAUCCUUAAAAUUGAGGAGUUGGAGCACUUGUUUAUGGCCACCGCGCCUCUGAUCCAGCCCUCGGAGGAUCAGCCCGACCGUAAGUUGCAAAUCGGCUUAGUGGGCUACCCGAACGUGGGAAAAUCGUCCACCAUCAACGCAUUGGUGGGUUCCAAGAAGGUGUCUGUGUCGGCCACUCCGGGAAAAACCAAGCAUUUCCAGACGAUUUUCCUUUCGCCCGAGGUCGUGUUGUGCGAUUGCCCGGGUCUUGUGUUCCCCAACUUUGCCUACUCCAAUGGGGAAUUGGUGUGUAACGGUGUCUUGCCCAUUGACCAGUUGCGUGAACAUAUCCCGCCAUCUUCCUUGGUCUGCCAGCGGAUCCCGAAGUUUUACUUGGAAGCUGUGUAUGGUAUCCACAUUCCAAUCCAGAGCAAGAACGAUGGUGGAAACGGCAUCUAUCCAACUGCAAGAGAACUUCUAAAUGCAUACGCCAGAGCCCGUGGAUACAUGACCCAGGGUUUCGGAUCCGCCGACGAGUCACGUGCCUCCAGAUAUAUCUUGAAAGACUACGUGAACGGCAAAUUGCUCUACAUCAACCCUCCACCUAAGAAGUUGGCGGAUGGCUCAUACGGCAUUCCUUCUUUGGAAGAGUCGCGCGAGUUUAACAAGGACGUUUAUACGUUGCAGUCUUUGCCCGAAACCAGGCAGCAGCAGCUCCUCUCCGCUCUUGCGGCUAAAAACAUCAAGGCCGACGACUUUGAUUUGUCCCGCGACUUGAGCAAGCUCAAUUUCUCCAUGCAUCUUUCCGAAGACCCCAACCAGAAAACGCCAGGCGCGCCCUCCACUGGCCCCACCACCAGAUUCUACGGUGGCCGCCAGGCUGCGUUGGAGAGUGCAGCCGACGACUUGGACAAGGAGUUCUUUAAAAUGAACGACGUGCAGGCGAAGAUGAAUUCUGCAUUCCACAAGAACCAGCUUGGAGGCAAGGGUGACAAAAAGCACAACAAGAAGAACAAGAAAGCCGACAAGAAAGUCAGGGUGGUCGGGUACUGA